AUGACUAGAGAAAUACCGUUGCUGAACGGCUCGCUCUCGUCGGCCGACUUCCCGUUCUGGCAGCACGACUUCCCGCGCCCCAUCUGGCGCGUGCGCCCCGCCGGCCAGAUCGCUGUCAAGGUGAUCGCCUUCGUCCCCGUCGCGGUGCUUGGGCUGCUCGGUAAUGGGCUGGUGCUGUUCCUCGUGGCGCGGCACCGGAACAUGCGCACGCCCGUUAACGUGCUUCUGGCAAGCCUGGCUGUGUCAGACCUGCUCACCACCACCCUGCUGCCCGCUCUGCUUAUGGUCGAGGACUUCUUCCAGAACUGGGAGCUCGGUGCCGCCAUGUGCAAGGCGGAGGGGUUCAUCAUGCUGACGCUGACGGUGGUGGGGGCGCUGACGCUGGUGGCGGUAAGCCUGCUGCGCCUGCUGGCCAUCGCGGCGCCGCCGCUGGCGCGCCUGAGCGCCGCCGGCGCCUGCCGGCUCAGCCUGGCGCUCUGGGCGGCGCGCCAGUGGCGCAACUUCCGCGAGCAGUUCUGCACCGAGGACAAGCAGCAGCUCGGCGUAUACUGGCUCACGCUGGGUGCGCUGCUCGUCUGGCUGCCGGUCGCUGCCAUCCUCGUCAGUUACGCCUGGAUCUUCUGCCGGCUGGAGGCGGCGGCGAGGGUGGCCGUCAUGCUCUGCACGGCGACCGCCGUCUACGUCGUCUGCUGGACGCCGUUCGCCGUCGUCGUCAUCCAGCGGUACCGACUGCCGGACACCGCCGACGCGGUGACGGAGCGGCUCCGCGCGCUCUGGUACGCCGCGCACUACCUCAUGUACGCGAGCGCCGCGCUCAACCCGCUGGUGUACGGCCUGACCAACUACACGUUCCGGCGCGGCUUCCGCGAGACGCUGGCGGCGCUCGCGCGCACGGAGACGACGGCGCUCGGAUCAGGGAUGCUUAGCACACUGAUCGAUGGGGACGCGUGA